AUGGUUAAUUAUUUAACAGAACCAAGUGUAGAGCCUCUGAUAAUGAAGUACGAGGCAAUGUAUGUAGAGAUGGGUCCUAGUUGGAUGGACACCAUAGUUGUGUUUCUCAGAGAGGGAAGACUGCCAGAUGAACGAAAAGAGGCGCACAAAACCUGGUUGAAGUCGGUCAGGUUUUGCUUAUCAGCAGAAGGACACCUGUACAUGAGAUCCUUUACUAGACCUUUAUUGCGAUGUGUGCGCCCCUCUCAAGUAAAGGACUUUUUAUAUGAGAUCCAUGAAGGAGUUUGUGAGAGCCAUGCAGGGGGCAGGUCACUUGUCCAUAGAGCUAUAUCCUAUGGAUAUUGGUGGCCAUAUAUGCAGAAGGAUGUCGAAGCCUUUGUUAAGAAGUGUGAGAAGUGUCAAAGGCUUGGGAUCCCAAGGGCCAUCAUAGCAGAUAAUGACACCCAAUUUGAUAGUAAAUUGAUCAAGAGCUUUUGUGCAAAGCACAAGAUUAAGAACUAUUACUCUAUUUCCAGUUUUUCCCAGAGUAAUGGUCAGGCAAUAGCGUCCAACAAGUCCUUCUUGGAUGGAAUCAAGAAGAGGCUAGAAGCAGCCAAGGGAAAGUGGGUGGAAGAAUUGCCUAAUGUAUUGUGGGCAUAUCGGACUCCACCGCGAAGAUCAACUGGGGAGAUUGAACAGUCUUAUGAUGAUGUUUCCGAAUGA